AUGAAGAGGACCCAAGUGCAGACGGUGGAGGCAAACCGGUUCGGCCAACUCUUUUAUUACAGGAACAAACAGCAGGUACAAACGGCAGGAAUGGACACGGGGAAAGCUCGCAGCAGACGAGGUGCAGCGGAAACGUGUAGUCACUUCGCCUUCGCAGGCCAGGAGCUCUACACGCUGCCUUCGGGACUUGCGAGCUUGGCUCUUUCAGAUGUCGUGAAAUGGAAACACAACAGCACGCAGAUAUAUGGUCGCAGGGGAGACAAAAUGUUCCCGAACAACUUGGGGGAAGUCGAUAAAACUGGAUCCCUUCUUCUGAGAAAUGUGAUGAAAGACAGCAAAGGGCAGUAUGACGUUGAGGUGCAUGACGACGGUGGAAUAUUACGCACAAAGCAGCAUUUCAAUUUAUGCGUGUUAGACAAGGUCCCCAAACCUGAAUUGACUCCUACCUGCUCAACGUCACAGGUUACCUUCAAAUGUGUUGUAAAGACCCCAGGACUUAACUUCACAUGGACAGAGAAUGGAAAGGACAUACCAAAUGAGAACAAAGAAACUCUAACCAGGACUCUCAAACAGCAAGCAAAAAACAGCCCCUACACCUGCAUCGUCUCCAACAACGCCCAUUCGGAAAAGAGCCGGGACGUCCAACCAAACUGCGUUCAAGAAACUCCAGAUUCCGUUUUCCCCAGCCAUUUAUUUGGUUUCGAGUUCUGGACCAUGGUGGGCAUCUUAACCGGUGGUGGAAGUCUUGUUAUACUGCUCAUUGUCAUCACCAUUGUCUGCUGUCACCGAAGGAAAAACCGGGCGACGAAGCAACUGGAGGAGGAAGGGGAACUUCGCCUGCAAUGGACCAACCAACAGGAGCAGCAACAAACGUGUCACUGUCCUCAGUCAACAAGCCAAACAGGACCCAGGCAGCACCGGAAAUCACCCCGAAACCAGGACCAUCCUCGGGGCCCAGAUUCCCACAUCAAGAAACCCCAGCCAAGUCCCAGAAACCCAGGACAA